CCCACAUCUUGGUCACAUGGCAGUGACAUAACUACUUCCUCAAAGCCAGUUCAUUCUAGCAUCCACCUUCCGAAUAUGGCAGCUACCGGGUUCUGCUUUAUCUUAGCAACAGUGGCUUCUACUUCCCUAUUGGCUUCUCUCCCUGUUUCUGCAUUAGUAGAAGAUUUGGAUGAUUCAUUUAAAGAAAACAGAAAGGAUGAUAUCUGGCUUGUUGAUUUUUAUGCACCUUGGUGUGGUCAUUGUAAGAAGCUUGAACCCGUCUGGAAUGAAGUUGGUAUUGAGAUGAGGAGUAGCGGCUCACCCAUUAGAGUUGGGAAAAUGGAUGCUACAGUUCACUCAAGUAUUGCCUCAGAAUUUGGGGUCAGAGGAUUUCCAACAAUAAAGGUGUUGAAAGGAGAUAUGGCUUAUAACUACAGAGGUCCAAGAACAAAAGAGGAUAUAGUAGAGUUUGCAAACAGAGUUGCUGGGCCAUUAAUCCGUCCACUUCCAAGUCAACAGAUGUUUGAUCAUGUUCAAAAACGUCAUUCAGUACUUUUUGUAUAUGUUGGUGUAGAAUCUACACUAAAGGAAAAAUACAUUGAAGUUGCUUCAGAACUCAUUGUGUACACAUACUUCUUCUCAGCGUCAGAGGAUGUUUUGCCUAAGUAUGUUACACUAAAUGAGGUGCCAGCAGUUCUUGUUUUUAAAGACUCCACAUAUUUUGUUUAUGAUGAAUAUGAAGAUGGAGAUUUAUCAAGUUGGGUGAAUAAGGAAAGAUUUGAAGGAUAUCUUCAUAUAGAUGGAUUUACAUUGUAUGAACUUGGCGAUACAGGAAAAUUGGUGGCUGUUGCAGUUAUAGAUGAAAAGAACAAUUCUGUUGAACAUACAAGACUAAAAUCCAUUGCUCAAGAUGUAGCAAAAAACUACAGGGAUCAUUUCCAUCGAGACUUCCAGUUUGGGCACAUGGAUGGAAAUGACUACAUAAACAGUUUACUAAUGGAUGAACUCAGCAUCCCUACUUUUGUUGUUCUUAACACAUCAAAUCAGCAAUAUUUUCUGCCAAGCAAACAAAUUGAAAACACUGAAGAAAUGAUUCAGUUUAUUAACAGCAUUCUGGAUGGUACAGCAGAGGCUCAAGGUGGUGAUGGGAUACUUCAGAGGAUCAAGAGGGUUUUUUAUGAUGCCAAAUCUACAGUGGUUUCUGUCUUCAAGAGUUCACCCCUCCUUGGCUGCUUUCUCUUUGGUCUGCCACUGGGUGUCAUCAGUAUAAUGUGCUAUGGAAUCUGUACAGCCGACACUGAAGAUGGCUCCGAAGAAAUGACCAGAAAGGAUGUCAUAGAUCAGAAUGGAUCUGACGAGGGCAGCGAGGAAGAACAAGAGGAAGAGAAGAGCCGAGAGAUUACAGAUAUGUCAGAUGAAGACCAACAAGAAAAGGAUUUUAUGGAAAAGAAAAUAGAUUAAUUUUUUUUCUUAAAACAUAAAAUUACUCUAGGAAACCAACAACAAACUUAUUUAUUUAAUGGAGCGACUCCAACGUAGCUUUAUUGGGAAAACACUCGCUGACUCUGAUACAUUGAUUUUUUUGGCAUGCAACUGAUUUUCGUUUAAAGUCCAGGGGCAAAUGUCUGCAAGUCGGGAAAUAAAGUCUAAUAAACUGUUUUUGAAACAUUAAGGUAAAGAGGCAGCUUUUGUUUUACAGAACCAGGUGUCACCAUUGGUGUGCUAAUCUACGAGUUGUGCCGUGUCAAUAUAUAGCAUAUAUAGGGUUACCAGUGGUUUUCUUUUACUACUACGUACUAUACAGAACACCAUGCUUUCUGUAUUAUAGGCCAUGAGAUGAAUGCCAGUUGAUAGAUAUGGCCAGGUUACUGCAAGAUGCUUAGGGUGAUGCCAUAAACAUGUAAAGAAUGUAUAAGCCUAAAUAGAAAUGUACAAUGCUUUUUUGAUGUGGCACAAAUAAUAUAUUUUUUAAUCAAAAGGAGUCGAAGUUUUGUAAAAAGUAGUACUGCAAACAUUUUUACAAAGUUAUUUUUAUAGUUUCCACGAAAUUGCUUGCUUUGUUUGGUUUAGUUAGCCUUUUUCUUAGACUACAUUGUGGAAUUCUCUGUAAUAAAACUAUUGUUUCUUCAUACGUAAGUUGAUACCAAGCUAUUAGGCCUGUGUUAAUAGAACUAAUUUCCCCUUCUUCUAUAGUAUCUCCACAUCAUGCGCCCCUUCAGUAUGUAUAGGUCUUUUACUAUAUGAAGGGCACAAGGCACAAGUACACCUGUAGGAUACAUUUAACUGGGAUUGUAAAUGAGCCUAUUAUUAAUAAUAAAUAACAUUUCCCACAACACCUAUACACCAUUGUAACCCCUACUUGACCAGUAUGAGAAUAAGAAGAGAAUAACUGUUAAAAAAUGAAAAAUUGUGAGCACCUUACAUGGUUGCUAUAAAACCUUUUAUGUCGCAGCUGUACUUAAAGUACAGUCAAAGAUGUAAAACAGGCAAUAGACACCGGCAGCAGGUCUCUGGGGCAAAUGGUGGGAGAAGUCAGUGCAAACCUCA